AUGGGUUUCCAACCGCGAGGAGGUAGAGGCGGUGGCCGUGGUGGCGGCCGAGGUGGCUUUGGUGAUCGUGGUGGUCGAGGUGGUGGUGGCUUUGGCGGCCGUGGAGGUGGACGAGGUGGUGGCCGUGGUGGCUUCGGCGACCGAGGUGGACGAGGCGGUGGUCGCGGCGGCCCACGAGGAGGUCGAGGAGCUCCUCGUGGUGGUGGACGAGGUGGCAGAGGCGGCGCAAGCGGUGGUGCCAGGGUCGUCGUUGAACCCCACCGUCACGAAGGCGUUUUCGUUUCGCGGGGCAAGGAAGAUCACCUGCUUACCCGAAGCAUCGCUCCCGGUAUCGAAGUCUACGGCGAGAAGAGAGUCUCCGUUGAUACCACUACCAAGGGCGAAGAUGGUGCUCCCAUCACUACCAAGGUUGAAUACCGAAUUUGGAACCCUUUCCGAAGCAAGUUGGCGGCCGGUAUCAUUGGUGGUAUUGACAACAUCUACAUGAAGCCUGGCUCCAAGGUUCUAUACUUGGGUGCCGCCUCUGGAACCUCAGUUUCCCACGUUGCCGAUAUUGUCGGACCUACUGGAAACGUUUACGCCGUCGAAUUCUCCCACCGAUCUGGCCGAGACUUAGUCAACAUGGCUCAAAACAGAACGAAUGUUAUCCCCAUUGUCGAAGAUGCCCGACACCCUAUGAAGUACCGCAUGCUGGUACCAAUGGUAGACUGCAUCUUCGCUGAUGUCGCCCAACCGGACCAAGCCCGUAUUGUCGCUCUAAACGCGCACAUGUUCCUCAAAGUUGGUGGUGGUGUAGUUAUCUCCAUCAAGGCCAACUGUAUCGACAGCACAGCUGCCCCUGAGGCAGUAUUCGCGCAAGAAGUUCAGAAGUUAAGAGCAGAACGAAUCAAGCCCCAAGAGCAACUUACACUAGAACCCUAUGAACGAGAUCACUGUAUCGUGAUUGGUCAAUACCAGGAAGCUAAAUAA